AGCUGGCAAUGCCGGAAGUACUGCGCGCUGGAGCCGGUGAGCGGCCGCGCGCGGUCGGGGGCCGUCUGGCGUGAGGAGGCGGUGGUGGCUGAGGGGCAUGGAGGAUGUCGGCUGCCUUCGGGCUCCCGGCUGCGUACCCUCAGCUCACUGUACCCUGGGCUGGCCUCGGUUCCAGAAGGGGAGUUGGGGUUCUGUCACGGAGGGCGAGAUGAACUACAAUCAUGGCAGCAGUCAGUAAUGAGUCCCAGAACCCUGUGGAUCCUGGAAGUUCAAAGCUGCAGUUUGCUCCCUUCAGUAGUGCCUUGAACGUAGGAUUCUGGCAUGAACUCACCCAGAAGAAGCUCAAUGAGUACCGAUUAGAUGAGACUCCAAAAGUUAUCAAAGGAUACUACUACAAUGGCGAUCCAUCAGGUUUCCCAGCUCGUUUGACGUUGGAAUAUAGUGCCUUUGAUAUCAAUGCUUCAAUACCAGCACGUUGCUGUCCUGCUUUUGGAACAUUGUAUAAUACCAACACUUUUGAGACUUUCAAGUCCUGUGAUAAAAAAUCACUUUUGGAAAAAGAAGCAAAUGAGAUAUGGGAAUCAAUAAAAUCUGGAGCUGCACUUGAAAACCCUAUGCUCUUGAACAGGUUCCUGCUGUUGACAUUUGCAGAUUUGAAAAAGUAUCAUUUUUAUUACUGGUUUUGCUACCCUGCUCUCUGCUUCCCUGAUGGAAUACAUGUAAUUCAGAAACCAGUGUGUCUUGGUGACAGGUUCUCUUUAAAUCAGAUUCAAGCACUUCAGAAAGCAUAUGAUGAACUUUGCCAGACAGAAGGGGUUACAGCCUUUCCUUAUUUUUUAAUCAAGUAUCAUGACAACUCUGUGGUUGUAUCUCCUCUCAAAAAGUGGGAUGGUUUCUUCCAAGAUCAAGGGGGAAAGGUGACAGUUGGAGUUUAUGAUCCGUGUAAUUUAUCUCACUAUCCAGGAUGGCCACUGCGAAACUUCCUGAUCUUGGCAUCGCAUAAAUGGGGCAAUAUUCUCCAGUCAAUUGAAGUGCUCUGCUUCAGAGACAGGACCAUGCAAGGGGUGAGAGACAUAACACACAGCAUUAUCUUUGAAAUAAAACUUCCACAAGGAGCAUUUGGCCCAGAUUGUCCAAAAGCUGUUGGAUGGGAGAAAAACCAAAAGGGAGGCAUGGGUCCAAGGGUGGUCAAUCUCAGUGAGUGUAUGGAUCCAAAAAGGUUAGCAGAAUCAUCAGUGGAUCUUAAUUUGAAAUUGAUGUGCUGGCGGUUGGUCCCUACUCUUGAUUUGGAAAAAAUUGUGUCUGCCAAGUGUCUGUUGCUAGGAGCUGGUACUCUGGGUUGUAGUGUGGCAAGGACUCUGAUGGGUUGGGGUGUCAGGAAGAUUACAUUUGUUGACAAUGCAAGGAUUUCAUACUCCAACCCAGUACGACAGCCACUGUAUGAAUUUGAAGACUGUCUCAGUGGCGGGAAGCCAAAGGCACUUGCAGCAGCAGAGAGACUUCAGAAAAUCUUCCCAGGAGUGAAUUCAGAAGGCUAUAACAUGAGCAUCCCUAUGCCAGGCCAUCCAGUGAAUUUUUCAGAAGUGACAAUGGCGCAGGCUCGGAAGGAUGUGGCUACACUUGAAGAGCUUAUUGAUGCUCAUGAUGUUGUUUUCCUACUAAUGGACACUAGAGAGAGUCGAUGGCUUCCUGCUGUUAUUGCAGCCAGCAAGAGGAAGCUGGUCAUCAAUGCUGCCCUGGGGUUUGACACGUUUGUUGUUAUGAGACAUGGACUAAAGAAACCCAAACAGCAAGAAACUGGCAAUGCGUGUUUCAACACUGCCCCUGGUCCUUCUGACCUUUUGGGUUCAUCGCUCUUUUCAAAUAUCCCUGGCUACAAACUGGGCUGCUAUUUCUGCAAUGAUGUCGUGGCACCAGGGGAUUCUACCAGGGAUCGGACAUUGGAUCAGCAGUGUACAGUCAGUCGACCUGGAUUAGCCAUGAUAGCUGGAGCUCUUGCGGUGGAAUUAAUGGUUUCUGUUUUACAGCAUCCAGAAGGUGGUUAUGCUGUGGCCAGCAGUAGUGAUGAUAGAAUGAAUGAGCCACCUACUUCUCUUGGACUUGUUCCUCAUCAGAUCCGUGGCUUUUUAUCAAGAUUUGAUAAUGUUCUUCCAGUCAGUUUGGCAUUUGAUAAAUGCACAGCCUGUUCCCCCAAAGUCCUUGACCAAUAUGAACGUGAAGGAUUUAAUUUCCUAGCUAAAGUUUUUAAUUCCUCGCAUUCCUUCUUAGAAGACCUGACAGGUCUAACUUUAUUACAUCAAGAGACACAGGCUGCUGAGAUCUGGGACAUGAGUGAUGAUGAAACAGUCUGAAAGUCAGCUGAAUAAGGUGGAAGAUGACCUACUUUGAACUGUGUUGCUGCCUUUUAUCUGUUAUUCGACAAGUUAAUGAUUGCUUACCCAUUCUGACUGCCAUGAAUAUGAACAAUUGUAAACCACAUACUGGCAUGAAUAUCUUCACUGUAAAAGCAGUCAUUUCUGGAUAUAACUCUUCGUAUUUUCAUUUUCAUUAUGUAAAUAACCAAAGUAAUGUGGUUAUGUUUAAAUCUUAUUCCUUUUUUUUUCCCUCCAUUUUCUUAAUGAGACAUACAUAAAAUUUGCUGCUUUAGUAAACUUUGGUAUUUCAUUUGUUCCAUUUUUUAUUUUGCUUGUAAGCAGACAUGUCUAAGCAGCAUCUCUAAAUGCUUUUUCUUCAUCUUUCCAACACUUGUGUACCUUUACUUAGAGUUCAUUAUUAAGUUGAGAAUAUUCUUCUGUUGGGAAAUAAACUGCAUUCUUAUUUACAGGAGAGCAGGAGUAGGUUAAAAACCUACACUUGCAGUGUAUAUCAUGUUGCUUUCUAUUUCAAAGUAAAUAUUUAUAGUACAAUUGAUUCCCUUUUCUUUAUUAUGGUAUGAUUGUUCUUACCUGUGUCAACGGAGAAAUUAUUCUCUGUAAAGAUUUCAUAAUUUCAUUCUAUGGAAGAAAUGUGGUUUGACUUAUAUUUACACAGGAAAGACCAAAAUGGAUCUGUAUCAUACUCUCUGCUGAAGUUAAGAGAAUGUUCUACUAUGUAGUUAAAAUUGCUUUGAGGAUGAAUCAUUGAUUCAUUAAAAAGUUGUAGUUAAAUGUAUUACCAAAAUAAGAAAUUGAUUUUCUAACUGUGCCAUUCUUGGUUGCUGUUGUGUAUUUCUUUACAGGUGUUAAACACCGAUUCUGAUUUUCAUUUUGGCUGGUGUUUAAGUAUUUCAAUUUCUGCAGCAUCAGGAAUGGCUUCAGAUAUUAUGGCUGAUACUGUGAGAAUCUUUGGGUUCUCAAGGAUUUGUAAAAAUGGAUUUGUAAAAUAUCAAAGUAACUUACUACAAAACUGAAAGCAAAUCUAUUGUUUUUUGUCUUGCAAUAGGUUUUAGAAGUAUAAUUGAAAUUCAUUUUAAGGCUUUAUAUUGUGGAGGUUAUGGACUAACUUGCUCAGAAAAGAAGGCAGAAUUGCUUUAUUUGGCAACCAGUCUUUAUUUCUAUUAUACAUUAUGAAAAUUAGUUGACCAACUAGUCAAUCCAAUUAAUUUAGUUUGGUUUACUUCCUUUAACAUAAGCUCUGAAUAUCUGGUGCAGAUAAUUUCACAGCUUCUCUCUUAGACCACAUCAGAGGAUGUUCUGUCGGGUCAAAUUCACCUUAAAAGCAAGGAUACCUGCAGCUCCUAUAUUCCCAUCAUAAAAGAAGACUCACUGAAACAUGUUGAGGUUAGCAUUAGUUGUUAUGUCUAUUUCUUUUUGUGAUCACUAAAGUAGAUUUAAGUUUUAAAGUCCUGUUUAGCUAACUUCAUUGUAAUAUAUAUAUCUGAAUUAAAUAUAUUUUUUGAUAGGAAACUGAUCUUUUGGUGGUCAGGUAAUGAUCAAUAAGAUUGAUAACAUGUGAUAUACAUUUUUAAGUAGUUUAUUAACAUACAGCAUUACCUAUGAGCUGUGUGAUUUGCAUGCUGUAGUUCUUCUGGAAUGGCGUAUCGGUAGUGGGUAGUUUAAAGGGAAAGACUCGCAUUUUUAUCUUUUGGAAUUGCUGAGUGUAAAAGUCUUCUGCAAUCUUUGAUUCUCUGAAACUUUAAAACUAGACAUCUUUUUAAAAAUCCCAUAAAUGUUAACAGUUACUUUAAAUAUCUAAAACUUUGAUUACCUGUUAAAGUUACUUUCAAUUUAAAGAUGCAGUGUAUCUAUUUAACUGCAGCAGUAUGCAAGAUCUAAAGAUUUGGAAUUCAGGGUUAAUAUGAUGUUUCCUUACCUCUCUAAUUUCAGUAACGUACAGUUCUGAGGCUGAUCUGCUUGCUGUACAUAUGCUUCCCAGAUGUCCCUGAUGUUCUGAAGCACUUCAGUGUGUCUCGGAAUAGCUUCCGUUGUCUAACUUUAAUGUUGUUUUCUUCCUCUUUGUUGAACAAAAUGAUUCUUAUUCUGCUUUUAUUCAAUUUCUAGGCAUUAAUUGAGUGAGAAAUCAUAAGGAUAAAUGGAAAUGAAAUGCUAUUAACAUUUCCAUUACUGUUCAAAUUCAAAUACCAUUAUCAGAUAAGUGCAUUUAUUUACUGGCCUGUAGGUACUUAACAGAAGGUUUUUGGCACUGCCCUUUCAACUGCAGAUACUGGUGUUUAAUGGAAGUUAAACUUCGACCUUUCUUCAUGAAGGAGGUAGGAAUUGUGUUAUUGCUGCGGUGACCACCUAGGCCCAAAGUAAUUUAUUUUAGAACCCAACAGCUACCGUGGCCCCUCGGGAAUAAGCUGUAUCUGUUGGGAAGAGAGAAUGAACACACUGAGGAACCUACUCCUUAUUUCUAAGAUAUCUAACAGAAAUACAGUGACAUUACAUGGCAGUGUUGGUGGGACAAUAUCUCACAGAAGGCCACUUUGACAUGUACAUAUUACAUCUAGGAAGCUAUUUAAUCUCAAUGGAAAGCUGUAACAUCAAUUUUGUGUUUCAUUAUUAUAACAACUCAUGAAAUAUUUCUGUACUGUAUUUAUCCUGUGCCAUCUCAUUGUAUGUGCUGGCUGAAGUCUAGAACUUGUUCAGGACUAAUACCACGUUCAGUCUGGAAUAAAUUUCACUUAGGACAUGCCCUUUGUAUUAGAUGUAAAUUGAUAGUAAAAUUUUACCCAGUAUGUGGUUUGGCCAAUGUGAGAAUCUGCUCCACGGAGCCUGGGAUAGUUUGAGUCUGAAGACUUCAACGACUUCAUCGUUGGGUUCUAAAAGGGAGAAAGUGCACAAGUGUGUAAAUGACACUUAGACCCAAGCAGAAAGAUUCAUGAUGACCCAGAUCAUUUGGUAUAGAACUUCACCAAGGAGUGGAACCGUGGGAUUUUUAUUCGUAGAAAGCUGAUGACUCCCAGGAAAUAAAGGAGGAUUCUGGGUCAGUAGAGAUCAACAGCAAGAAAUGUAUUCUUGUACAUCAAGUGGAAUUCUAGUAAUUGCUCCAGCCCUUACAGCCAUUGAGCUUCAGUCUGGAAAAAAUAUUCCUUCCUUGUGCUCUGUAUGGCUGUGGUAUUAUGUCCUUAGAGAACUCCAGUGAGAUGGACUGAAAUUUCUUUUUUGCCAUCAGUACUAUUGUUCCACUGCUGGUAUAAUGUUUUUCUGUAUGUGAUUUGGCUUCUUACCUUAAAUACGUGCAGUAGAAGUCAUAGCAAAGUUGAAUUUUUUUCUAUGUAUAAGUGGUUUCUUUUAGUUUAUCAUCUGUCAUUUGUAAUUUUUCUCCUUUUAAUUUCUCACAGUCAGAGAAAACUCGUAGAGUUUUUGUGUUUCUGAACUUUUUAUUACGCUAUUAUUUAGUUUUCUGUGAUUUAGAAUCACAUUAUAGCACUUCUGUUUCUUCUUCCUACUGAGUGCAUAUUAACUAUUCUCAUUGGAAUUGCUAAUACUUGGGUCAUCACUGCAUUACUCUGGGUCAUUUGACUGAAGAGUUCACCCAGUUCCCAACUUCUAAGUUUUCUUCCUGUUCAGAUUUUUAAAAAAAUGUCAGAUAGCUGAGAAGUGACUGAAAGUAGACUUUGGUUUUCAGGAUUCCCGUUAAUGUCAACUGUGUGUGAAAAGAUCGCUAAACUUCUGAUGCCAGUCAAGUUUGCCUGUUUCUUACAGUACCAGUGAGCCAUUACUGAAUCCAUAAGGAUAUUUGUAUAUGGUUUCUUUUCAGAGCAUAACCACAUCUUAAGAGUUCAAGGAGAGUCCUAAUUCUCUUUCUGUGAGAAGAGGAAGGAUAGCUCACGUUCUUUCAAUCCUACAUAUGUUGCAAGCUAACACAUAAUCAAACUGUUUUUGUUGUUCUUCCAGUUGAAGGUAUCUGUAUACUGCACAGCAAGGCAGCCAGUUCUCUAACACAGUGCUAUUAGCCAUUCUCUUGUCUGUUGGUUCAACGUUGGCAUUAGAAGUACACAAAAGCUGAAAAGAACAUGCAGCUGCAUGGUAGGCUUUUUUCUUAUCACUUUUCCAAAUUUUUACACCUAAUCUUCUAGGUUUUUUUUUUCUUUUUUGUUAGUUUGCUUCCAUGCUUGUUUGUUUUUAAAUAAUAAUGCAAUACUUGUAAUACUUCGCUUAGAAACAAAUAAGCAUUUAUACUCCAAAGAAAAGCCAUUAAUGAAAAAUUUACAACAUGGCCAACUUAACAGACUUCCUAAGAAACAUAAUCUGGAAGCUGUCCUCAGCCUGUUACCAUUUUUAUUCGAAACCCGUUGACAUGACUUCUUUAAUUGUUUUAUGUUUCAUUCCUUUUUCUAAAUUGUUUUCAAUGCAAAUAUUGUGCUCAUCAUGCAUAGCCUACCAAAGCAAAACUUUUCUUGUUGGACGAUUUUGUGUACCUUUUUUCUUUUAGAGGGCCUGGACUAACAGCUGUGUAAGGCAGAAAUACCGCCUAGAAGGAUGUCAUACUCUUGCAUUCUGACAGUGUGUAAAUUCCUAAUCUAUGAAAAACCUGCCUACCUGUCCCAUUUAAAUUCCAGAUCUCUUUCCCUUAAAGCUCCCUGGAUUUUCUCCAGAGCUCUAACAGUGUUUAAAAAUACUGUGGCACCACAUAGGUAAUGUUAUGGGUUUUAAAUUAGUGUAGACGUUAGUUCUCUGUUAUCAUUUCAGCUAUCAGUAUUUUAAAGUUGAUUUUCUUAUUUGUGCAGCACCUGACAGGAAUUGCAAUUAAACAAACAAAACAACAAUUUAAGUGACAAAGAAUGUUUUCAGACUCAUUUUACUUUUAGUGAUACCCUUUGGUCCUGUACUACUGACAGCAGUGACUUUUCAUGGUGAAUAGUUAUGGAGGAAUGAAGGGACAGCAGGACUUUUCCUUUGGAAUAGCAUCAAUACUAGGCUGACUCAGAGGGUUUAACAGUUCCUGCUUUUUUUCUGAUUUUUUUUUAGUAAGUUCUCAUCUGUAAAAUGGAGAGAAAUUGAAUAUAUAUAUAUAUACUUAGCAAAGAGUGGCUGUUUUUUUAUCUCAGUUAUACCAAAAGAAAUAAUCUGUUGCUCUGACCCAUUGUUCCAUCAAAGUGUUGCUGAGGGUUGUUUGAAGUUGUGCAGUGUUAACCAAAAUGGGCUGUGGCCUGGGCUCAUUUGUCGGCACUUCACUCUUAGGUGCAGUAGCUGAAAUGCAGCAGUCUGUAUUCCACCAGUCAGUGACUGGUAUUUUGUCCAGGUUGUAGUGAAUUCUUCUGAAUGAGUCACUUGAGAACUAUAUUAACCUGGCCAAGGAAAUUGGCUCAGCAGAAGGGAAACUUAAGCUACUCCCAGAAGAAUUAAUAGCAAUACACUGAAGUAGCAGUGUUCCUGAGUAGCAUAAGGUAUUCUCUAUCUUAGAGCAACAAAUUUUUCAUCUCGUUUCCCAAUUCAGACGAUCCCAUUCCAGGAUAAGGGUAAAGAUGAGUACUUCAACCAUCUAUAAUUUCAAGUACUGAUUGUUGCCCCCAAGUAAUUGACAACACAGUCUCUGCUGAUUGCAACUUCACUGUAGCGUUUUUUCACAUCUCAUGGAAUUAUUUUGGACAUUCUUUGACAAGAUUGUCAGAGCUCCCAAUGGCCAUUUGUCUGAACUUCGUGUACUAAGUGUGUUUUAGUCUGUUUAGCCAGGCCAGGCCUCACCUGCCGUUGUACCUUCUUGCAGGCACUUCCUUCAACUUGGGAAUAAAAAGGGGCCGUCAGGAGUUCUAAAAGAGAUGUGUUGUUUCCUGGCUGGCAGGGAGUAUUCACUGUGUUUGUGUUUGCUAUAGAAGUCCAAAUGCCUGUUCCAACUUGCUUUUUGAAUAGAUACUUAGAUAGGAUGUUGAUAUGAAGUACAAUGGACUUUGCCUCUGUAACUGAAGGUCACAUGCAUAUAGUGUUUAACUGCUGCAAAUAAAAAGUAUGAUUUUUUUUUUUCAGUCAUUCUGUUUAACUUCCCUCCUUUCCCAUACAGUUACUUUCUGCUCUUAAAUUGUUUGGCAGUGGACUGCUGCUUCAGGAGCCUUGGAGCAUCCAGUAAUGCAGGCAUAUUUGCUUUUCAGCACCAGACACUUGAUUUUUGUAUGAUCUCGCCAGAAUAACUCAUUUUUUUUUUAUUUGUUAGUGAAAUGAUCUUAUCCACUACAUAAAAAAAACAAACAGGAGGCGUUAUUCUUUCUCAUGGAAGAGGCCACUAAUGUUUUCCUCGCUUGCUUUUUUGGUGCAAUGUUUGUACUCUCUUAAAAACCUUCAGUUUGGCAUCCCUGCCGAGAUGAGGCAGCGCUGAAGGAGCUUGCUGCGUUUGAAAUGAAAGCUGGCUUCUCAUUUCUGGAAUAAUUCUACUUUCUAAAUCAAACCAGUGUGGGCUAAAACUGUGUGUAGAAAUGCUGCUAAAAUUAUUUCCACAUCAUGUCAACGUGGACCUGGAAGAACUGCUGGGCAGUGAAGGUUCCAAGUCUUGCCUGCCUUCUCUGAGUGCCUUUGGACCUCUGAUUUUUGACAGCCAGGAAAUCACUGUCUUCUUCCCCUGUCUUCUCAACCCCUGUGAGUAUCUCCUCUCCAGCCCAGUCUUCCCCUCACAGGCAGCAGAAAGGUGGACAAGCAAAUUCGUUUCUAGUGACAGAUUUCUUUCAAAUUUGUGCAAGAGUGAAAGGAAAUCUGUAAAGCAGUUGUGAUUUUGCUUGAAGGUUUUGCUUUGUCUUUAAAUGUCUCUGUUUUCAUUUCACGCUUGGAAGUCUGACUUUCAUACAGUAUUUCUGUAGGUGUUACCACUUCCUCAGGAACCUGUGGCUCAGGCAGUGUAUAAAUGAAAUGACAUCACUGGCAACUUUGUUUGAAUUGCCUAUUUCCUAAAUAGGGACUGUUGGUUUUUUCUUUUAAUACUUGCAUCAUUGUUUUCUGUUUUGUUUUGGGUUUUUUUGAGAGAGGAAGGGGAAAUGAGGGUUUUUGAUUAUCUAGAGCUAUUACAAGUAACCAACUGAAUGUGUUUUAUCCUUUUGAAUCAUUGAAAUCAACAGUGUUGAAGUUUACUUAAAACAGGAGAUUAGCAUUUUUACACAAAGUAUUUUAUGAAUGAAAUCAUUGUAAUUAUGUGUUAGCAGAGCUGUUGGUAUAAAAAAUUCUUAAUUUACUGCUGACGUGUUGAGAGAGGGACAGGGGGCAAACAAGAAAAGCCUGAGCAUAAUUUUUCAUUAUUAUUUUGGAAGUAAUGCAAACAAAAGAACUGUGUUUUCGUACUACUGGUUAAGGUUCCGUUUUGAGUGGAUCUCCCUUGCUGCUCCCUCACUAGUGUGUACACUAUGGGAGAUUCUUGGUAUGUUUCAGUGUUUCCUUCCCUGUAACCGAUAUUUUUCAAUGAUAUCAUUCUAUAAAUAUGUAGUUAAAAUGUAAAGACCUGGAGUAAAAUUUACUUGUAGCAGGGUGUCUCCAAAGCAGGCAGGAGUACUGGUUAUAGCAGGCAUAGUACAGGGAAACCUUCAGCAGCUGUGUUUCUUCUUUGGACAAAUUUCCCCAUGACGUCACUUCAGGAGUUGGCUGUUAAACUGUGAAGAGUAAUGUCAGGAAUUAUUGUCAUCAGAGGAACGUGAAAAGUUGGAUGUCUGUCUAGAUCAUUUAUUCAUAGUGCUGCGGGACAGGCUAUGAAAGUGUUGCAUUUAUUUGUUAUUGUCAUGCACAAAGGAUCACUGUCCUUUUGUUUAAAUAGCAACAGCUUUGGAACUUCGUAAGACAUGAAUACAGCAGAACAUUAACAGGCUGCAGCAGGGUCCUUUUGGCUAUGCUUUGAUUUUAUCAGUUCUUACCAUGUGGAUAGUCACUUUGUGGUUGCACCUUAAGGGAAAACUGAAACAAGGUCUGUGUAUUCAGGGAGGUGGAGUCAGUGACUACUACCAUAGGUUAUGGUUUUUCUUCUGGCUAUGUGAGUUCAUGUCAAACUUGGGCACAAUUAAGAACUACAUCAUUAAAGUUAUUGCACUAAAGGAAAGCACUAAACCAAAGUCUUGGGGGAAAAAACAAAAAAGGCUAUGUAUGUUUCUUAGGGUUUUGUUUUGUUUUUAAUAAUAUAGAUGGCCUGGCCUGGUAAUUUCUUGUGGAGGUUUUUUUUUUUUUUUUUUUUUUUUUUUUUUGGUGUGUGUGUACAUGAGCUUUUUUUUUCUUUACUUAAUAUUUCAGCCACCCUUUCCAAAGUUUCUGUUCAUUCUCUUUUGCAUCCUUUAUUUUCUGAAUGACCUUUUUAUGCAGGCAUCCUGUAUGCUGGUAAUGAAAAACUCUUACUGAAGUUCCACCCAAUAGCUAUUGGAGCAAUGAUUACAUGUUAUUAGUGGUACUAAGUCAGAAAUGCUUUGAGAUGAUAGAUGGUAUAAAUGUAACAGCAUUCCAAUUAUUUGGUGACAUAGACAAAAUAUAUAUAUUUUUUUCCCCACUUUAAUUAAAAUAUUUACUGUUGAAUGUCUCUUGCAUGCCAAAUUAAGUAGUAAUUGUGGUUUUAUCUGCUGUAGUAGUUAGGAAUGAGUGAGCUAUGCAUACCCUGCCUCAUGAAAAAUGCAGGACAGCAGCUGAUGUAUGGAACAGAGUUGGACCAUUCUCACCAACUGCCUGAUGCUUUUGAUAGACUAGUGCUCUCAAAAAUCCCAGGAGAAAGACUUUUAAUUUCCUUGCUAACUUCUUAAAUAGAGAUUUAGCAAUACUUAGAAGUCAAACAGUACAAAUUUAAGACAGACUUCUUUGUAACUGUUUGCUCAGAUUUAAAGAGGAGGAAAUGCAAGCAAGUCAACUGGUGUGUGCACAGCAUUUCUCUGUUUCAGAAUAUGACCUAAUGAUUGUUUUUAAAUUAUUUUGUUGCGAUAAUUGUAAGUGAUUGUGGCUUCAUACAUUUUUUGAAGCCAAAAUGUUCUGUUCCAGCUUACAUACUAUGAAGUGAGUUUAAAAGCACUUAUUAUUUAAAGAACGUUUGUCCUCUUUGUAACUGUCAGAAAGGUGGGAGGAAGAAUUGAGACAGGACACGUACACAGUGGUCACCAUUUAGUUUUGGCUUCCAUUUGAGAGGGGCUGCCAUUUAAUGACAGGGCACCACCAGUAUUUUGGCAGGGAUCUGCUAGCUUGCCAAAUAUCAAAUUAUUUUGUGAUUGCCUGUCAGACAUUUCUUUACACUGUCACACCUCUGGGUAUGACAGUCCACUAUGUAGGGCACUUUUAGGAUCAUGAAGAUGGUGAAGGACCUAAGAUAAGAUGUAUGAGGAGAGCCUAAAGUCUUCUGGUAUGUUCAGCCUCAGGAGACUGAGGGGAGACCUCAUGAUGGCCUACAGCUUCCUCAUGAGGGGAGUGAAGUGGCAGGUGUUGAUCUCUUCUCUCUAGUGACAGGACCUGAGAGAAUGGCAUGGAACUGUGAGAAGGAAGGGUCAGGCUAGGUGGUAUGGAAAAUUUAUUCACUAGAGGGUGAAUAGGCUAGAGGCUGUGGAAUAGGCUCCCCAGGUCGUGGCCUCAAAGCUGCCAGCAUUCAAGGAGUGUUUGGGCAGCACUGGAACAUGGGAUUUGAAUUUUGAGUGUCCUGUGUGAAGUUGGACUUAAUGGUCCUAGUAAAUCCCUUCCAACUCUACGAUCUUUCCUUCCCAUCCAUUGCCUGAGCUUGUUUUAGUAGAGUCUCUUCUGUUGUGUAAGUACUUAACACAUCAAGACCAACAUUUGAGUCUACUAGGCAAUAGAACAGCAGGUGAAUAACAGAUCAUACAGGUAGAUCUCUAACACUGUCUACUAAUGCCUUUUAAUUUAAUCAGUUUGGUCGUGGAGGUAGUGAAGUUCAUUUGUCUCCAUUUUUGGAUGCUCAAAGCCAGACACCAGUGAUGUCUUAAACUGGAUUGCAGAAUUCUGAAGGGAGUCUGAUUUUACAUGUAAAGAUAAUCUUACACAAUUAAGCAUGUAUUUUAAAAUUUUUAUGUGUGUAAAGGAGAAAUAAAUAAAUAAAUCUGUUGUUAACUUUUAAA